AUGAACAUCGUGACUGCCGGUCCACGUAGCUUCUCGCCGCCGCUGAAACCCCGCUACGCUGAUACUUCCAGCGGCGCCAAGUGGCGUCCCCAUAAACACCACUUCGACUAUUACUCGAGCCAUCUCAAGGGCUGCCACAGCAUAGACUCGUCGGACAUGGAGUCGCUCGAAAAUUCGGCCCGCCACAUGCCGUCCUACAGCUGUAGCGACGACUCUUACCGCCGCCUCGACCUCUCCAAGCUCUUUGACGAUGUUCCAAUUAAUCACAAGUUCUUUCUCGACCCAGAAUACGAGGCCGAAAUGCUCAAGCAUAAACGCGAUGUCCUGCAAUCCGUCGUCGAUUCGCACGACCUUGCGCGCGGUGUCCCUGUCCUCUCUUUUCUAGACGAGUGCCGCAUGUUGCAAUACAUGUGCGAGUGCCUCGAAGCUGCCUGCAUGCUCAAAGGUAUCGAUGCCAAUCAGCAGCUCAGAGCUUCUUCUGCCAGCGCUCCUGCCAGCUUCAGACCCUGGCUUUCCCGUAAUCUCACAAAACAGGACCCGGUCUUUGCAAGCAUUAUUGCUGGAGGUACAAGCCUAGACGAUCUCCCGCGUACCCUCAAGUGUCCCGUCCGCAGCUGUCGUCAUUAUGUAUAUGGUUUUGCCACCAAGGAAGGGCUGCAGUCCCACAUGCGCACUCACUUGGUCGCUGGCAUCGAGCUUUUCGAGAGUCAAGACGAGAUCAAGAGCCGCCGCAUCGGACGGUACCCCGGCAAAGCCGAGAUGAACCCUGUUCAGCUACCUCGCACGCCGCCCGAGCAACGUGAGCACGUUGAGAGAGACUACGCUCGUACUGAUGACAUGGACAGCGUUGCCAUCCAGCCUCACGCCUUUAUGCGACCCAAGUCACCAACUCUGACCGGCACAACUCUGACCGGCACAACUCUCUCGCCUAAUCCCGAUGGCACAGCUUAUGGCGAAGACAGCCACCAUCUCCGCUACUUGCCCCCAUCGGAAUCUCAUCUCUCUCCCCAAAUGCGUCCAUUCGAAUCAGAAGCCCGACGCGAACCUGUGCAUCCGGACACGCAUCGCGAAUCUCAGCAGCACGACACUUUACCACCCAUUCGACAGCUCGAUUUACCUUCGGACCAAAAUUCUCAGCACCAAAUCUACAUCGCGGCCCCACAAUCCCAAGCACUGGCGCAGUCCAGACACGGUCUCCGUGUCGAUACCGUUACAGGCUCAUCUCUUCGCUCUUCAGCUCCACCAUCUCCUCAUCGCAUUCGGGCCCCGGAAUAUGGCCGCUCUGAUCGCGGACAUCUUGUGCACGAUAACCCGGACGUUCAAACUUUGUAUAGCGGCCAAGACGCGCUGCCCCCGUUUUCCGCCCUGGAUCCUGCUGGUAGCUCGAUUCCUGCUCGCCUCGAGUCAAUUCGGAAAGAAGACAGAUCUCGGGAAGUCAAGAGUGAUGCUAUACAGUUGAAGUCGGAACUGAAGCAACACCUCGAGGAGGCCUGCCUUAAAGCCUGCCUUCGCUGUGCCGGCCAGGAAGCGGGUUCGUGCAAGUGCAUCGUACCCCUGCGAGACGACGACUCGCACUGGUACCGCGUCGACACCUACCGAGGCACCAUUGCUUCUGUCGCUAAGAGUCUGGUGCCCGGAUCUCCUAUUGGGGAGCGACCUGCUGGACAUGGCACUCUUCUUUCUGGCCCAAUUCAACAGGCUGCUGUACGCAAACUUCGCCGUGAUGUUGAUGAUUAUCUCCGAUCCAUUCUGCGGUUCCCUGACAACAUCAGUGUCAGUAUUCGUGACACGACUGAUUUCAACGACUCCUUCUGGCGUAUGGGCGACUUGAGCCAUGAGAAGAAUAUUAUCGAGCAAAUUGUUGCCACCAAAGCCUGGAACAUCUCCACCCCACCUCCUGCUAUACUUUGCACUCUCCUUUACGCCACCCUCAGGACCCAACAACCUUAUAAUAUCAUCCAUAUUAUUGGCACUAGCGGCAAAUUCUCUACCAGUCGACGAGAUGAGGAACUAAGCAACCCCGCUCUCUAUCACGCCAAGCACCUCCUUCGUGAAGUCACGUUGUACGGCCUUUCCGGAACCACUCCUUUCAUCAGUGCACCUUGUGCAGAGCGACGCGGACCGCCAUUCCCAGAUGAUGCCGUACGAGACGACCAAGCCGAAGUCGUCGAGACUUGUAUGGCCUCCUUUCUUCGCGCAUUCGAGGCCAGCUGCAGAGAUGGUCGGGAGAAGUCUCCUAAGCAGUGGCUUGCCCUGUUCUGCUCCCUUGUCAUCUUGCACGUGUCCGGCCUGAUUCUCGGCGGAGCCAGGGAAGCUUCCCUCGAGAGCCCAGUCAAUGCGGACGACCAUGCAUUCGCUCUUGGAUUCUGGGACACCCUCCGAAGCACGUUUGAUGUCCUGGUCGAUCUCUUCUUCGAACUUGGUCCCAUGCUGUUUGAUAGAGUGUCCCAAGAUUGGGAUGAAGACGACAUUGCGUCAUAUGACAUGAUGGCUAAAGCGCUCCUGUACGGCGAUUGGAAGAACAGGCGUAUCGCCAACUCAGCAGAAUUUUUACUGGCUCUCUCCACCUUCACCGUUGAGAAGUCUGUCGAUACUACGAAGCAGGCCAUCGAGACACUGAGCACAAGUCGAGAAGGAUGGAGGAGAGACUCUCACAGAACUGAUUCUUCACGAAGACCAUCCUAUUAUGAUGAGUCUGUGCUGAGAGCACAUACUGAUCGCAGCGAGACGCGCCCUGGGCCGAUGAAUAACACGGCGUUUCCUCGCUUACAGGCAGACUCCUACAGAACUAGUGGCAGCAACGAAGCUACGGUUGACUACACCAAGUCGCGUGCCUUUUCGAGGGACCAUAGCUUAGUAUCAGCUCUCAAUGGGUAUGCCCAUUCCGAGGCUGGCUCAUACAGAGUGCACGAAUACCUUCACUCUGGAAGCUCAUUGCGUGAUCAUACAUGGCAGUCUACCCCGCACUUGGCCCUCUCUCGCCGUUCAUCACCGGGACCGACGGAGCCCGACUCACUAUCACUUACUGGCGUCGUCUCUCCUGACGGACGAUCGCCAAUGUCGAUGGCUAAUCUGAUGAGCAAGGCUGGCCCGCCUCAUGCGCUCGACAGACCUCUUAGCCCCAGAAGUCAGAUGAACAGGAGAGACAUGGGAUACGGAUAUUCGAGUCAUUACGAUGGCCGCACUAUUUCUUACGGCGGCCUUGCGUCUUCGGGCGACCGAGGCGACCGACUGGAGCGUCGCCCGUCUCUCACCGGCUCAUCUCGCUCAGUCACCUCGUCCCGCCGUAACAGCAGCGCUCCUGUCGCUAUUCCAUCGGGGCCGCCCAACAUCAAGCCUACCUACCAGCGACCACCACUGCGCCGAGUCUAUUGCACUCAUUGCAAUGACUAUCCCGAGGGCUUCCGUGGCGAACACGAGCUGCGACGUCACACACACGCACGUCACGCGGCCCUGGUUCGCCGCUGGGUUUGCCGAGAGCCGACCAGGAGACACCCCAACCAGCCAUGGACGUCUGUUCCUCUCAGCACGUGCAAGUCAUGCAUGACCCAAAAGAGCUAUGGGGCUUACUACAAUGCUGCUGCGCAUCUUCGUCGUGCACACUUCCCGCCCACGCGCAAUGGCAAGUCUGCCAGUGACUGGCCGUCCAUGUCUGUUCUCAAGGAAUGGAUGCAGGAGGUCUGUGUCGCACCCGACUCGACAAGUGAGGUUAAAGGCAAGGGGAAAGGUAGGGCCACUUCUGACGGCCAAGUCGUUGACCUGGACAGCGAUGACGAGAUGGAAGACGCUAACGGCCAGGAGAAUGGGGUAGAGCCUAGCAAUCAUGCUGGAGCAGAAGAUGUCGCCGCUGCAAGCAGCGUGAACAGAUCGGGCGAGUCCCCAGAUGAGCCAGCAGGCGGGCAAAAGUGCCCAUAUCCAGAGUGCGGUCGUGUGCUGCGUGAUCUUGCCGCGCACAUGCUAACGCAUCAGGCUGAGCGCCCGGAAAAGUGUCCUGUUCCUUCGUGCGUCUACCAUACCAAGGGAUUUGCGCGCAAGUACGAUAAGAACCGGCACGCGCUGACGCACUACCGUGGCACUCUCAUUUGCCCGCUGUGCCCAACCAAGGGCGAAAACAAUGCCGAAAGCGUAUUUAGCCGUGCGGACGUCUUUAAGAGACACCUUGCCUCAGUGCACAGCGUCGAGACCAGCACCGGUCCCCUGAUUAGUGGCGAAGAGUCUACUUCUGUCUCUGUGGCAGCGACCGAGAGCGCCCUGUCCGCGUCGAUGAUGUCGCGGCCCGUGGCGGACCCCAAGACACUGCAGAACGAGGGUCGCUGCUCUAUCUGCGACGCGUACUUUCCUUACGCGCAGGAGUUCUACGAGCACCUAGACGAGUGCGUGCUAGCGGCGCUCGUGGCACCCGAGACGCUGGUCAAUGUGCAGCCGAUUGUUGGCGGCGGCCGCGGCAGUAGCUAUGCCGCCAUGCCGCCCCCGCCCCCCCCGCGCGCGGGCUCACCGACCUACUCGGUCGGCUCGGGCCGCUCGCAGACGACCCAGGGCAGCCGUCUGCAUCACGGCGCCCCAGAGUCCGUGACGUCGAUGUCAUACAGCUACCGCCAAUAUGCGGACCACGGCUCGCGGCCAGGUAGCACGGCGUCGGCGCGGAGCUUUGACUCUGCACGCCGGUCGGGUCUAAUUCACGUGCAUGCCCACACGCAGCUGCAUGCGCCGAGGCCGAUGGGCGUGCCUCUGCCUCCACCCUCGACAUGUGGCUCUUUUGACUCCGACCUGAAUUGA